AUGCCUGCCACCAACCUCCUCCUCAACAGAACAGCCAUCAUCACCGGCGGCACCACAGGCAUAGGCCGCGCCAUCACCCUCGCCUUCCUCGCCCAAGGCUGCAACGUCGCUGUGAACCACCUCAACCUCCCCUCCGACACCGACCACCUCACCUCCCUCCUCUCCGAAGCCUCUUCCCUCCCCGGGAAAAUAGCCCACCUCCCCGGCGACGUCCGCGACCCAACCACCGGCCCCGCCCUCGUCCAGUUCGCCCUCGAAACCUUCCACACCUCCCGCCUCGACAUCUGCGUCUCCAACGCAGGCGUCUGCACAUUCACCCCCUUCCUCGACAUAACCCGAGACCUCUUUGACAAGACGGUCCGGACCAACCUCGACGGAGCGUUUUAUCUUGUCCAGGCGGCGGCGAGACAAAUGGCGACUCAGGAGCCAAAGGGGGGGUCGAUCAUCGGGAUAUCGAGCAUCUCUGCCUUGGUCGGGGGGGCAGAGCAAGCGCAUUACACACCCACCAAGGCGGGGGUGUUGUCUCUGAUGCAGAGUGCGGCGUGUGCGCUGGGGAAGUAUAACAUCAGGGCUAAUGCCAUAUUGCCGGGGACGGUGAGGACGCAGUUGAAUGAGGGGGAUUUGAGGGAGGGGGGAGACAAGCUGAGGUAUAUGGAGGGUAGGAUCCCGCUGGGGAGGGUUGGAGAGCCGGGAGACGUGGCGGGGCCGGCGGUUUUUUUGGCGUGUGAGGAGUUGAGUGGGUAUGUGACUGGGGCGCAAGUGCUGGUGGAUGGGGGGUUGUUUGUGAAUUUGCAGUGA